AUGUCGGGUGCAGACAGAUCUUCACAUGGUCAAAGACCACAUGGACACCACAGCCACAAAUCCAAUAUACAGUAUGUUGCGAAAGUGAGGUAUUCAAACAACUUACCUCCACCAGCAUGCCCAGCCAAGAUCUUGAAGGACGAUGAAAAUGAAUCUAAGGACGAUAACUUAAAUACACUUGUGACCUCAUUUUUCAGAAAAGAAAAUUUCAAGAAUUUAAUCAGAUUGAAUGACGAUUUGGGAAUGCCUUUGAACCUGAUAAAUUUACCACAUAAGGAUACCGUCAACGGGUUGAAACAUAAUGGAAUGAAUAUUCCAUUACAUCCAAGUGAUCAACUGAUACUUGGAGAUCCAAGCAAGACUAUCAAGACCAAGUCAGAUUCGGUCAGUUUCUUAAGAAGAACCCAAUAUAUAUCAUCGGAUAUACAGAACAGUCAGAAGGCAAACAACAUGUCCAAAAUGAAUGUGAAAAAAGAUGAUUGGUUGGAUCCUAAGACACAGUUGAAAACUAUUGAGGACAUGUUUGAAGCUCCAGCAACAGGCCUUUCGUCCAUAAGACACCCAACAAAGAAACACUUGAAGGCCAAAAAAGUAUGGAAUUUCUUACCAGAUACCUCUAUGCUUGACCAAACAUACUACGAUGUUAAGUUUAUGAGCUCGGCGUCGAUAUCCAAGAAUAAAGACAAGUCAAAAGAUUCAAUCAAGUCUAUGAAUGAUCCUAGAUUGUUGACAUCCCUUUUAAGAGAAAUUGAGUUGAACAAAACUACAAAGUUAGUCUCAUUUUAUCUCACUGAUAAUGCAGACGCUGAAAUUGUUAAACAGAAGAUCGACGAUGAAACGGAGAAUGCUCCUAUCGAUGACAAUGAACUUGAUGAGAUAUUGAAAGACCCAUCCAAUAGUUCUGUGUAUAAAAAGCAAAGGGAUUACGAUGGCACUACUAAGCCUAUUGAACCACUACGCCAACUUGUUAUUACAUUUGAUGAGAAGUCGAACAAUGCUUACUAUGUACCUGUUUCAGGAAAACUAGAGUUGAAGAAGUGUAGAAUUGAUCCAUAUUUGGUUCCAAAGAUCAAGGAAAUGACGUACGACCAGAUUCAUAUGUUCAUUAGAGAGCCGACAAACUCUGAAAUCGAAAACAGGGAUAUUUCAAGAAGCGCUUACGAUCCAAUGGAGUUUGGUACAGAUGAAUAA